AAUUAUAUUUUUUCAAGGACGCAGAAUAGUAGAGGGGCAACGCAAUGGACGUCGUGAUAUGGACCAGGAACCGGAUGUGGGCGUUGAACGAUGUUAAUAUUGUAAACUCGUACGAAUCAAAUGAUUUUUGCGUGCCCGAUGAUUAUACCCUAUCGUCGCAGUGGGACUUCGAUAACGGUUACACCAACUACAGCGAGAACGAAAUAGACCUGGCUACCGUGUUGAUGAACCUGAAAGAAGAUUAUCCGGCACACAGCAGCGACGAGGGGACGUAUUAUCCGACGACCAACGGUGGCGAGCAACAGCAGUGGCAGUUCGAUCCGUCGGACCAACACCAGCACCAUCACGGGCAGCAACGCGUCUUCACGAUCUACGAUUCACUGCAGGUCAACAGCAAUCAGCACGUCCGUCCGACAGACGGAAACUAUCUGCUGCCCGCCGUAUUAGACGAUAACGAGGAAAAUUGUCAUCUAAACGCAUCGAUCAAGAAAAAACGAGCUGGUCGACCGCGAGGAACGAAAGUCAAAAGGUCGAAAGCCGAACCCAAACUGAGUAGAAUAUGGGAAUUCAUCAGAGACUUGCUUUUAAAUUCUCAAUAUUGCCCGACGUACAUUUGCUGGGAAAACUAUGAGGAAGGCCGUUUUAGAUUCGUACAGAGCGACAAGGUUGCCAAAUUGUGGGGUAAAUUCAAACGCAACGAGAGAAUGAACUACGAGAAGUUUAGUAGAGCUAUGCGAUACUAUUACAAGACUGGUGUACUAUUGCCCGUUCAGGGAAAAAGGCUUGUUUACAAAUUUGGACCAAAAGCUACUGGCUGGCACACUAAUAAUCCAAAUUUUAAAUAUACAUUUUAAACAAUGUCACAUUUAAUGUAUAUUAAACUACUAAUAAGCUAUAUACAUCUGUGUAUAAGUGCAUGAUUAUUAAUUUUUCUUGGUAACACAUACCUACUAUGUAAGUUGUUACAGCUAUUAAUGAGAAUUAUUCUUCAUAAUUUGAAUAUUAUGGAAAGAAAAAAAGUAUACUUAAAAUAUUGAAAGUAUAAUUUGUAAAAUGGGAUUG